AUGGCGCUUCCUCCAGAGAAGAUCGCCGAGUUGAAGCAGAUAAUUCAUUCCCAAGUCUCACAGAUGGAUAUACAUCAUCAGAUACGCAAUGUUGUAUCCAACAUAGUGAGCAGCAGCAAUGGACACGCAGGCACACUAAACGAGGCUGAUAUUAUGAAUCAGCUUCGGCAGAGAGGUGUUGUGGAUGAAGUCAUGAGGCAUAUACAGGUGGACGGAGUACACAAUGGGAAACCUGCAACACAUUUUGCUGAUACAACAAGUCACGUUAGUCAUCCUCUGUCAAAGAAAGCCAACAUUGACCCAUCACGUCGUCACCUGUACUUGCUGGUGCAGGGAGGUAAAGCAUUCUUGGAGCAUCUGGAAGACCCAGACUCCAUGCCGGGGCAGAAAGUGGCUGCCUAUUUCACCUUACAUGUGUACUUCCGGAACCAGCGGUACAAGUCGCGACCGGUUCCAUGUGCCGUAGAGCCUCAGUUUGAUGAAGGUUUUCUCUUGGAGCUGCAUAAAGAAAGCAGUGGUGAAGCUGGUAAAAUGGCCGACAUUGUGUCCAUGCUGUCGAUGUGUGACCCAAUCCACUUGGUACUGAUCAAGACAGAUGCCGUGGGCGACACAUCCCUUCUGUCCUCGCAGUAUUUUGAAUGGCGUCCCCUGCUGACCUCCAAGCAAGGGGUCAUGAAGACUUCAGUGGAGAUGAUGGGCACAGGAAGUGAAGCUCACGUCCCGGUUGGACUGCUGGAAUUGCAGCUGGAACUGUUCCCUAAACCACCACAAAGCCUGGAGGAGAAUGUGGUCCGGGCACAAAUAGAGCUAGAGAAGAGCCGCCAGGCCGAGAGAGAAAGAAUGUUCCUGGUCUAUGCCAAACAAUGGUGGAAGGAAUACCUGCAGGUUCGGGAAUCCCACAGUGAGAGGCUGGUGAAGAUGUUUGCUCAGGAUGAAAAUGGCUUCAAGCGGCCCGUGUCGUCAUUUGUGAAGCCUCUCAGGGCUGGGCGGUUGUUAGACACCCCCCGGCAGGCAGCACGGUUUGUGGCCCUGAUGCAUCAUGAGAAACUCCAGGCUUUGGGAGGUGGGGACAAGGUGGAGCAGUGGACAAGUACUCAUGCAUUUCUUUGUCGCAACCGAGGGGAUUGCGAGGAUCAUGCUGUGCUGUUGUGCAGCCUCCUGUUGGGCUUUGGGCUGGAUGCUUACGUUUGUGUGGGGACCAAAGUCAAGGGCUCUGUCCAUACGUGGGUGAUGACUGUCAGCGCAGAUGGGCUGAUUACCUUCUGGGAAAGUCUCAAUGGUCACAGGUAUGUGCAUGAGCCAAUAAACCCUGAUGCACCGCCCAUGUCCAAGCUGGAGCGACCCAGGUACCCCUACAAGACUGUGGGCUGUGUGUUUAACCACCAGUCUUUCUUUGCCAACAGCCAGGCCACUGACAGUGUGGAAGUCUGCCACUUUGAUCUCCAGAAUGAAGCUCAUUGGAAAUCGAUGUCCAGGGAUGCUGUCCUCUCAGUGUGUGGUUCAGGGGUGUGUCCGCUGUGGCCUGUACCACCUCCGCUGUGUCCGUCCACCCUUGAUGCAGCCCUGGUCAGCAGUGACUUGGAACAGCAUCUGAAGGUGCUAGUGAUGGAGCACCGGAGGGAUCAAGGUCUGACCACGAGCUGGGAUGAUCAUUUGAGUUAUGUCCUGACUCCAGCAUUGGCAGCAUAUGAAACUGAGAGGAUAACAGGUAUCACUGCAGGAAAUGAGGAAUUCCAAGAUGCAGUACGUCUGGCCAUACCAGAAGGGCAAACAUUUAAAGGUUAUCCGAUCCAGUUCACCCAUCGCAAUGCCAGGAAGGCUUUUACAACGUGCCUUAGAUCCCCAGUCUGUGAUGAGAUCAUAAACUGUCGAGGUGAUCAGGUCAAGCUGGCAGUCCGUGUACGUGUCUACCCGUACCCUGAAUCAGCUUGUGCUACGUGGCUUAUGUUUGCCUGCAAAUAUAAAUCCAUCGUUUGA